AUGGAGGUCACGGAUCUGGACCCUCGGACAGAGGAUUCAAGGGGAGAACCACCAUGCGUCCCCAGCAGUGCCUUGGAGAGUCCGGGGACGGAGCCCGUUGCGCUGCAGUACCCGGUAGAGUACAAUGAGUACGGGGAGAAGAUGCCGUUCCACCAUGUGACGGCAGGCCUGCUGUACAAGGGGAACUACCUGAGCCGCUCUCUGUCUGACAGGAGUGACAGUGACCAGCUCGCCAGCAUCUCUGUGGAGGAGCUUGACGAGAUCCGUGAAGCGUUCAGGGUGCUGGAUCGCGACGGCAAUGGGUUCAUCUCCAAGCAGGAGCUUGGCAUGGCCAUGCGUUCACUGGGGUACAUGCCUAGCGAAGUGGAGCUGGCAAUCAUCAUGCAAAGAUUGGACAUGGAUGGGGACGGACAAGUGGACUUUGAUGAAUUCAUGACGAUACUCGGACCCAAGCUCCUGUCGUCUGAAACAAGGGAGGGUUUCCUUGGUAAUACAAUAGACAGCAUAUUCUGGCAGUUCGACAUGCAGCGAAUAACAUUGGAGGAGCUCAAGCACAUCCUUUUUCAUGCCUUCCGGGACCACCUGACAAUGAAGGACAUUGAAAACAUCAUAAUUAACGAGGAGGAGAGCUUGAAUGAGAACUCUGGGAACUGCCAGACAGAGUUUGAGGGAGUUCAUUCCAAAAAGAAGAACCGGCAAACGUGUGUGCGCAAGAGCCUGAUCUGCGCCUUCGCCAUGGCCUUCAUCAUCAGUGUCAUGCUUAUUGCAGCCAAUCAGAUGCUGCGGAAUGGCAUGGAGUAG